AUGCAUUGUGCACAAGCUUGGUUUGCUACUGUAGUGGCCCUGACUGACCCAGAACCUGUAUGGGGUGCAAAGAGGAGAAUUUUUGUAGUUUUCAAUCUUGACCUUUACGGGCAUGAGGAAGGCUUAGGCCUCAAUGUCCUUGCCCACCUAAUGUGUACAGAAAAGGAGGCCAGUUUGGAUCAAUUUGACCAUGAAAGGUUUUAUGAGCACAAGUACAGCCACUUUGAGGACCUUGAUUUUCAUGUAUCAUCGCAUUUAGACAGGGCCAGCAGGAACAUCAUUGUGAUGUUCGUUGCAACUUGUAUUUAUUCAGCUUUUCUUCUUCUGAUCCCAUGCGUGGAUGCACAGCUGCAAGUCCGGCUUGUGGAUGGAACUUCACCGUGGAAUGGCCGCCUUGAGAUGUACAACGGAACGUGGGGCACAGUCUGUGUCUAUGGGUUUGGAAAAGAAGAAGCUCAGGUGGUCUGCAGGAUGCUGGGUUUUGACAGGUCGCAGGCUUUGGCCAUGUCGCCGUUCACGUACGGAUAUGACUCGGGUCAUCUCGUCCUUCACAACCUCACGUGUACAGGCGAGGAGACGAGUGUAGAUCAGUGUAGGCGUACUGGGUUCUACAAGCAGACAUGCCACUUCCAUGAUGCCAUUGGAAUCAUCUGCAACAUACAACACACACGACUUCGUCUGAGGGAUGUCUAUGAUCUUGGACCGAACAGAGGUCGUGUACAGAUAGACAGCGGAGUUGGCCAUUGGGAGACAGUGUGUGUGUCGUCUAACAUCGCUGCUAGGGUCGUCUGUAGACAACUUGGCUUACCAUCGCAUGCUGAGAUAAUAAGAGUGGAGAGUUCAUAUGGGUUCACUGGAAUCCUUGGGAAGGUGACCAAUUUUUUAUUUUGCCUCGGGAAUGAAACAAGUCUUUUGGAGUGCCAGCAUGAGACGAUUUUUUCCAAAGGAUGCAGGGAUAACAUCAUCAUUUGCAGUGACUCUCCUCUGAUCAUCCUAACAGACGACAGUAGAUAUCCUUUAAUGGAGGAAACAGAUUCUACUUUAAGAUGUGUGAGCAAACAGUUGCCUUUACCAAUAAGUUAUUCAUGGCCAGAAACUGCAGGCGGGUUCCCUGAUGGCAGUAGCCUGAUCAUCACUAGAGUGACCAGGGAACAUAAUAGAAGGCGAGUGAGGUGUGAGGCGAAGUACAGUGAUGGUGAAGUUGUCUCCAGUGACACACUGCAAUUACAGAUGACCCAGUUAUCAGGAUAA